AAGCGAAAACCCUCUAAAAACCGGCCAAUUUCAGCGGUUCAACGGUUUAAUUGUCGGGUUGACCGGUUUUUUAAUUGAUUUUUACCAGGCGGUUUAUAAGGACAACCGCACUGACUUGGUGACCGGUUCUUGGUUAACCCGGUUGAACUGGCCGACCCAGUUCGGUUUUCAGAACAAUGCAAGCCAGCCACGCACCCUCAGUCCCCUCACCCUCGCAUAUGACGCCACCUUUCCCUCUCAACCUUCUCUCUGUCUCUCACCAGCCACUGUCACCACUCACCAGCCUCAGAGUCACCUUGGCCUGCGCCGAAGCUCCUCUGUUCAAUUGCUUCUCUCACCUUCACGACCACGGUGCUGCACUGCUUCUCGGUGAGGUCGACCCUCAGCGACAACGACACCACCAGUGGCUGCAAAGUGCGACGGCGCUUCUCCGAUCGUCUUCUUCUUCUCUGCCACCAUUAGUCAGCCAUUAGAAGCCCUGGCGAAGAGUAACGGGGAUUUCACUGUUUCCCACGUUUCCCACCAUGGCUGAACUUACUUCAACUCCAUCCACCUCUAAAAACGCCAAUUUAUCUUGUUUCCAACCAACGGUUUGCAUGUAUGAAUGGUGGCUGGUUAAAGCUAAACAUGGAUUCGAAGGAAAGCAGUUAGCCAUUGGAGGCAUUGCAUCAAAAAGGGAAGAAGUAGUGCGUGUCUUCACCAGUGCGCCCAUUGCAAAACGGCAUGGUCUGUUCUCUCUUGAGACCACAGAUGGGGUUUAUAUUAUCAUAAGGGGUUUCAUUGAUGAGCAGCGCACCAUUGGUAAUGGUUUCCCUCCUGAGGUUUGUAGCCAUUACUCAUUGGUGUAUUCUCUCUCUACUUCUCUACAUGAUUAA